GUAAGUGUGAAGUGCGGAUUCAGUGUGUUCUGCGACUCGCCGUAAUUAACGUGAAAAUGGAGAAAUAUAUUAGUGUGAAGGAACUUGAAGAAACCGCUCUCACUUUGCUACCUAUAGGUGCUCGAGACUAUUACAAAAGUGGCGCUACUGACGAACAAACAUUAGCAGAGAAUAAAAAGGCUUUUCAAAGAUUGCGCAUUCGUCCAAAAUGUUUAGUCGGAGUGAACAAUUGUUGUCUUCGGACACGAGUGUUAGGAAAUGAAGUGUCGAUGCCAAUCGGGAUUUCUCCCACAGCAAUGCAACGGAUGGCACAUCCAGAAGGCGAAAUAGCUAAUGCAAGAGCUGCAGCAGCUGAAAAUACCAUCUUCACCCUAAGCACUAUCGCUACUAGUUCUAUAGAAGAAAUAGCUGAAGCUGUACCACAGGGAAUCAAAUGGUUUCAACUUUAUAUUUAUAAAAAUAAAGAAGUCACAAAAAAUUUGGUGUUACGAGCAGAAAAAGCAGGAUUUAAGGCAAUAGCACUUACUGUUGACACACCUCUUUUUGGUCUUCGCCGGGCAGAUAUUCGCAACAAAUUUACCUUACCACAGCAUUUAAGAUUAGCGAAUUUUGACGGUCAUCUUUCUACUAAGAUUCGCGGUGCAAAUGAUGGCAGUGGCCUCAAUGAGUAUGUUCAUAAUUUAUUUGAUAAAUCACUAACGUGGGAUGAAGUCAAAUGGUUAAAAAGUAUAACAAAAUUGCCGAUUAUUGCCAAAGGAGUACUUCGUGGGGACGAUGCUGUAAAGGCUGUUGAAGCUGGAUGUUCUGCGAUACUGGUGUCAAAUCACGGGGCAAGACAAUUGGACGGAGUUCCCGCCACGAUUGAAGCCCUGCCUGAAAUUGUGGAAGCUGUGAAAAAGUACAAUGUUGAAGUAUACUUAGAUGGUGGCGUCUCUACUGGCACGGACGUAUAUAAGGCCUUAGCACUCGGAGCCAAAAUGGUAUUCGUAGGUAGGCCUGCUUUAUGGGGAUUGACAAUAGGCGGGCAAGCGGGUGUGCAGCGGAUGCUGAACAUUCUUCGUACUGAGUUAGAAUAUGCAUUACAAAUUGCAGGUACUCCAACUAUAGCUGACAUUACAAGAGACAUGGUGAGACAUGAAUCUGCAUAUAGUAAACUGUAAGAAUUUUUUUCUGACUUAAAAUGUAAAUAUGAACAUUUUUAAAUAAAAAUAAUUUGAAUAUGAGA